AAUGGCAACUCUGACCUGUCCCUGUCGCCGCGCUUCGUCAAUCAUACGAGUUAAUGGUCCGCGGGGAUAACAAAAAUUAAUUUAAUAAUUAUUUUUAGUUAAAUUUUAGUUUUGCUAGCUAUUGACGGCACUGUGAUUAGUUUUAUUAGUAAAAAUUAUGUUGCAGUCGUUAAUAAACACGUUUUGGAGUGAAUAUGUUUGGUUACCGCCUAACACAACAUGGUCUGACAUCGCGCCCGGGCCGGAAAAGCUUGUAAUAUAUACGGAUCAUCGGCAUGUCUUCUUUCCUAUACCGUUAGCACUCGUUUUUAUAAGUCUCCGUUAUGUGCUAGAUAGGAUAUUGUAUGCUCCAUUUGGUAAAUACCUUGGUAUCAAAGACAUAAGACCAAGAAGAGCACCUGAAAAUCCUAAACUAGAGGCAGCUUAUAGGUCAGGACCUCGGAACCACAAACAAUUAUGUGCGUUAGCGAAGCAGCUCGAUAUAACAGAGCGUCAAGUGGAGAGGUGGUGGCGUCUGCGCAGGACCCAGGAUAAACCCUCGACUCUAACUAAGUUCUGCGAAAACGCCUGGAAAGUCACCUUCUAUAUAGCCAACUUCAGCUUCGGAGUUUAUAUCCUUUGGGAUAAGGAGUGGCUGUGGGAUAUUGAUCAGUGCUAUAUUGGAUAUCCUCAUCAGGGUCUGACAGAUGACAUCUGGUGGUACUACAUGAUAUCGUCAGCGUUCUACUGGUCGCUGACGAUCUCCCAGUUCUGGGACGUGCGUCGGAAAGACUUCUGGCAGAUGUUUGUGCAUCACUUGGCAACCAUCGCUUUACUCUCCUUCUCCUGGGUCUGCAAUCUUCACCGUAUAGGCACGCUGGUCCUGCUAUUGCACGACUGCGCUGAUAUAUUUGUUGAGGGGGUCAAAGCAUCGAAAUAUGCUGGUUACCAGAAGCUGUGCGAUUCCCUGUUCCUGGCACUGAUCGUCGCUUGGAUCACAACUAGAGUUGGAAUUUUCCCCUUCUACAUUAUAUGGAGCACGCUGGUACGAGCGCCACAAUUAGUACCAACGUUCCCGGCGUACUAUAUCUUCAACUCGCUGCUUUGUCUGCUUCUCGUACUGCACGUUGUAUGGACCACUCUUAUCCUACAGAUCGCGUACAAUGCAAUGAAGGCUGGACAGAUGGACGGCGACGUGCGAAGUUCGACGGAAUUGAGCGACAGCCCUAACCACUCGAAUCAUUCUAACAAUGGCUCACCUAAUAGGAGAAACAAAAAGAACACAUAAACUAAAACUUCGGUCCUCGACAAGAUCUCUGAAACGAUAUUUUUAGAUAUACACUUAUUUCUUGUACAUCCUUACACGAUAUUGGAUUAUUCUAAAUGUUAAUUACCUCGAAAGUUAUAUAUUUUGUAAUAUACUUUCAACGGGUGAUGUGGGUUCAGAAAUAACUUGAUCUUUGCCAUAUAUUAGCAAAACGAAACUUAGGAAGGAUUUCCAUAAAUAGGAGUGAAUUUGUAUUAUUAUGUAAACUACAUUUUAAUGAAAAAUAUAUUACCUAUCAUUUGAAUGAAAUUUUUCAUUAUCAUCUAUUCGAACCAAUGUCAUCCAAAUAGUGUAGGUAGGAAUAUUUAUUAAUGUUUGUCUGUCACUGUGAUCGAUGUGUAGCUAGAAAUAAUAAACAUAUAGAGGCGUUUUUGUGUUCGCAUAUUUAUAACUGCAUUUUAGAUAUAAAAAACCAAUAGAAGAUAUUGGUAUAUUAUCAAUAAUUUUUCAAAACCGUUUGGCUCCGUCGCAUGGUGUAAUACUAAAUAAUAUAUUUUUCUUUAUAUUGAUUUCUCUACAAUAUUAAGGUUUUCAAAUGGAAUUGAAAUGUUUCUACUUGGGACCAGACGCAUUUUUUAUAUUUUCAAUUUGCAUACUAGAAAUUUUAGAUAAAUACUGUAGAGUGCUUGUAUUGAAAUACUUCUAUAGAUUUUUUUCUUAAUACUAACAAAUUUUUGAAGACAUUUAUUUUGACGGUUUCUGCUUUCCACCUCUUUAAUCUCUAAUAAAAUUGUAAAAUGUCACAAGUAUAGAUUUAAACUUAGUUUUACUUUAAAAGCUACUGAAAUAUUGGGUGCAAAUUAACUCCGGCGAAAUAUAUUCUUCCAUUUAUGUAAAUAUAAUAACUAUUUUGAGAACAUUUCAUUCGAGUAUUUAUGUUAAAAUGUAAGUUUUUAUUAAUGUGUUAUCACAAUAGUUAUAAUGCGAAGUUUAGUUUGGCAAAGGUGUGUUUGUUACAUCUUUAAAUCGCGUAAUAAUACCAAAGUUCAGGACUUCUUAACAUUCUUCAUACUUUUUUAAGUAUUUUCUUUUAGAUGACUAUUACAAUAUAAGAUAAACGUUAUUCCAGUGUAUUUUUAUAAAUAUUUUGUUUGUGUUUUGCAAACACGCUGCGUCCAUUGGUGAGUUGAUAGGUGGCGCUGCGUGUGUUCGCUUAUUAAAUUAUACAGUAGAAGUCGGAAAAAACGACGACUUAAUGUGAGUGAAAAAAAAAUAUGUUCAUGCAUACAUCCCUUAUAGUAAUGUAGUUGGUUCGAUUACGACUGACGUAAUUUUCGGUUUCUACUGUUAAAAUAAACAAAUAUCUUGAGCAAUUUUAACAGUUCCUACAAAUUACUAGAUAUUUUCUUCGAGUAUAAUGUAAACCAAUGAAAUAAUCUUGGAUAGCUGUCAAAAUAUUUUGCAGUACAAAUAUGUAUUUUUAAUCAAUUUGUAUUUACACUAUGUAUUGUAUUAUGCUAGUUGUUGUAUUUUACUCAUUCAAAUUUAGUUUUGAUCUAUAAUAAAAUAUUGUUUUUAAUGUAAAAAUUCAUACAUUUUAUCUUUACGUCAAUUCGAAAUAAGAUUUAAAUUUUUACAUAAUAUAGAUUUGAUGAAGCAGUAAUUUUAUUGGGAGUUUUAAUUUUUAUGAAAAAAAAAUUGAUUUGCUCAAUAUUUCAGUUUUGAAAUAAUGACAGCUCUCUUUCAUGAUAUGGUUAAAAUUUGUUUUUGUUGAGCUUGGAAAAUUGUUAUAAAUGAGCAUUAAGAAUUGUAAUAUUAUAAUGAUUAAGGAGAUAAGAAAGUUACCUUCUAUAUAUGUUGCAAUGUAAAUUGUCAGGAUGUUGUUUUUUGGAAAAAUAAAUCCACAAAUUUAAUCAUAA